UUUUAAUAAUAAUCAUGCAUUUAAAUGUAUUAAUGGUAAUGGUUCGUGUUAUAAAGUGAAAAUACUCUCACAGCAAAUGAAAACAAGGGUUUACGGUAGGGGCCAGAAUUCUCUGUAAAAUAGGUUCUCCUGCGUGAAUGUGUGGUCUAAAAAAAUGACAAAAACGAAGACGAUGAUUUCAUCCAAACCGAUUUAGCCUGCUUGCAUGUUUCUGUAGUACAUCUUCAUCACGCUUCAGAUUGUUUCUGAUCUUCAGCUGGGUUUUGAACAACCUUUCCCUUCAAACAAUAACUUCCCUGGAUAACCGUCCCUGGAUUUAGGUUUGUGUCGUCCUCGCUGCUAUAUUCAUUCAUGCGUCUUCACGAAUCGUUAUUUUGAAAUCAUGACAAAAUAUUUCACGGUCUGCUUCGACUUUAUCUUUUUGGAUCCUGGAAAUUUCCACCGAGCUCUUUCCUCCUGUGGGCGGAGCUGAUGGAGAGCACAUAAAUCAUCUGAAACUGAAACUAUCCUUUAAACAGAGAGUCUGAAGAUCAGCAUCAAGGAAGAACAGGUCGACCGAGGACUAUGGUACAAAAUAUUCAUUCCGACUUUUCAUCGUCUAAAUAUGCAUAUCGUUUUAUUUAUGUUUGAUUUAUGACAAAUGCUUGUAAAACUGUAUCACGGACGUGUCUGAUGAUCCCACACAGGCCGAGAACCUGCGUCACAGAUGUAACGAUGCGGCUAAAGCUUAUAUUAACCAGAGAAACUCACAUGACUGGACCGCAUGCGUAAGCUAUAUAAACAGGCCACAGAUCAUAUGAGAAAUUAUGUUCUAAACAUGUUCUCUCAUGUGUUUCCUCUCUAUUCAAACAGAAGCAGCACCUGACAGUGGCAUUAACAUCGUCCUCCUGGGGAAAACCGGAGUCGGGAAAAGCUCGUCAGGAAACACCAUCCUGGGGCAGAACAUAUUCCCGUGUGGAAGAAGUCUGUCUGCUGUUACUAGUGCAUCCAGCAUCCAGAAAGCAGUGGUUGACGGCAGAUCUGUGUCUGUUAUAGACACUCCUGGGUUCUUCUGCACUAAUCUUUCCCAGGAGCAGCUGGCGUGGGAGUUUGCGAGAAGCGUGUUUCUCGCCGCUCCGGGCGUCCAUGUCUUUUUAUUCGUUGUGCCGUUCGGCAGGUUCACGGAGCAGGAGGAAGACAUACUCAACAAAGUGCAGAAGGUCUACGGUAAAGACGUGCUGAAGCAUGUUAUUCUCCUCUUCACGUACGGGGAUGAGUGCAUCAGUGAGAAGAUGCGGGCAGAGAUCGGUGGGAAUGAAGUCGUCAGUAGAGUUGUUAGGAGCUGUCAGGGUUAUCACGUCCUCGAUAACAAAGACCUGACCAACAGACGGCAGGUCACUGAUCUACUGCAGAAGAUCAACGGCGUGGUCGAGAGGAACCAGGGCUACUACACCAAUGAGAUGUAUAAAUGGGCACAAAUGACCACGCUGGAAAAAUUCUGGAUAAGAUUUAAGGAUUUUUUCGAAGCUGUAAUUGCCUUUUUCCUGAACCAGGCUAACAGUAGCCAAAUGAGACAUAUGGCUCCAUACAUGAGACUCUAAAGAACGACGAAUUCAAUCCUUCGCUUUUACGUCAUAAAACAGUUAAAUAUAGCCUAAAUGUGGGUGACAGUCUUCUUCUAAUCAGGGAAAAUUACGCAUGAGAGCAAAAUGAGAGAUUAAUCAGUUGAUGUAACAGAAGAAUUAUAUUUGUGUGAAUUGAAAUGUUCGUUAACAGUAAUUUACUGUAAAAGUUGGCAAGAACACCAUGUGAGUAACCCUUACCGUAACCAUAUGCUGUAGGAAGUGCAUGUAGUUAAUUAGUAUUGCUUUGUAACAAGAACACUUUAAAAUAGUGUAACCAAACAUUUAGCUUCAUUGUGCUUAUGUGAAAAGUUGCGUUAAAUGUUUAAAAAAAAAUCUCAAACAGAAUAUAGGUGUAAGAUACUUUAUCCUUAGAUGUUCUCUAUAUAAAGAUCCUUUCUCUGGUUUUUUUUCAAUUGCUAGCAUAGUUUUUUCUGAUCUCUAUUCACAUUGUCAAAACUUUUGCAAAUGCUUAAACACGCCAUUUCAGAAAUAAAGACUUAAUGAUCCAAACCUUAAA